UUACAGCUGCUGAGCGUAUCCUAGAAUGCAGGCUUGAAGGCCAGGCUGUAUGUGAAUCACAGCACAAGGGAGGCCUGGACCUGCUUGGGUUAACUGUUAACCUGGAUCACCAGCUCCUUGAUGUACAAUGGCCUUCAGGCAAAAAUGUCUGCAGCAUGCGACUUCAUUGCACUCCACACUGGGCAGAAGAUGCCUCUCAUAGGACUGGGAACUUGGAAAAGUGAGCGUGGCCAAGUGAAAGAAGCAGUGAAAUAUGCCCUAAGUGUGGGCUAUCGCCAUAUCGAUUGUGCAGCAGCUUACAGCAAUGAAACAGAGAUUGGUGAGGCUUUCCAGGAGUGCCUUGGGGCCAGUAAGGUUAUUAAAAGGGAGGACCUGUUUGUAACAUCAAAGCUCUGGAAUACCAAGCACCACCCAGAAGACGUAGAGCCAGCACUAAGGAAAACACUUGAAGAUUUGAAAUUGAAUUACUUGGACCUGUACCUCAUGCAUUGGCCUCAUGCCUUUGAACGAGGGGACAAUCUCUUCCCAAAGAAUCCUGAUAACACAAUGCGCUAUGAUUACACUGAUUACAAGGAUACCUGGAAGGCUAUGGAGAAGCUGGUAGUAAAAGGUCUUGUGAAAGCCAUUGGGCUGUCAAACUUCAACAGCCGUCAGAUUGAUGAUAUACUAAGUGUGGCUACUGUCAAACCAGCUGUGCUCCAGGUAGAAUGCCAUCCUUACCUAGCUCAGAAUGAGCUGAUAGCUCACUGCCAGAAGCGAGGACUGGUUGUCACUGCCUACAGCCCCCUUGGUUCUCCAGAUCGCAUGUGGAAACACCCAGAUGAGCCUGUGCUUUUAGAAGAACCUGGGAUCAAAAAGCUGGCAGAAAAGUACAGCAAGUCACCUGCACAGAUCAUCCUCAGAUGGCAAGUGCAGCGUAAAGUGGUUGCCAUUCCCAAGAGCGUCACUCCUGCUCGCAUUCAGCAGAAUCUCCAGGUGUUCGAUUUCAGCCUCACAGAAGAAGAGAUGAGCCACAUCAGAAGCCUGAAUAAAAACUGGCGUUACAUUGUGCCAAUGAUCACGGUGGAUGGCAAGCUCGUGGCCAGAGAUGCUGGACACCCCCAUUACCCCUUCAAUGACCCUUAUUAACUACAAGAAAAUAAGGUGUUAAGGAACAUGCUCCUCUGCAUGUCAUACCACAAAAUAAUUGUUUCCACAAAUUGUCAAAAUCCUCUGUCCAAAUGGAACCUUCCUUCCUGAGUAGGUUUACUUACACUGAUUCUCACUGACCUCCUUUCUGGAGAUCCUGUAGGUUCCUUGUCAAAGUUUGUGGAUUUAUUACAAUGACCAUAAACUUGCUCCUGGAAGCAUCAAUCGUUUGGGAAUUAGAUAAAGAGCUGGGGAGUCUAAAUCAAGUUCCUAACAUACCAUUAUCAGGCUAGGGCAAUACUUUGGAGUUAAUCUCUGUGAAAUGGUUCUGAAGUCUUUAGUUAUUGCCAAAGCAGGGAAACAAAAACCACAACAAGGUGAAGGAAUGAAAGCAUUUUAAAUCUACACAACUGCUUAGCCAUCAACUUUGAUAUCUUUUAUCAGUAAUUUUUUUACACAGGAAAUAAAGUGAAAUGUGCUAUGGUUGCAGUAUGUCAAUAACCCAUGUACUAAACCCCAAGUAACCAGCCCUGCCCAGUGCUUUUUAUCCACUUCGAGUACUUGUGGGACUUGGAAUUCUCCCGUUUUUCUUUUUAUUGUAAUUUGCCUGUAGAUUUGUGGAGAAUGAAUGAGCACCCUGGGGCAGGCCUCU